AUGGCGCAGACCUGUGACCCCGGGCCCGAGCCCCCGAAAGACCUGGCGCCGAAAGCCUUCCAGUGGGCCGGCAUCCAGGGCAACCGCUUCGCCACCUCCAUCUUCGCAAAGCUGCUGGAGGACAAGGCAACCUCAGACGGAGACGCCAUGACUGCCACGAAGUCUCUGAAGAGGGUAAAGCUCAACCUGAAUGCCCUCGAAGUCAACUUCUUCACGAAGAAGAAGGUGGACACCGCCAAGGAGGCUAAGCCCAGUGCGAAGAAGAAGACGGUGGCGACUUGCCUGGACAGCAAGCGAAGCCAGGCGGUGGAGAUCUUCCUGAACGGCGCCGGCGUCAAGCUGGACCAGGUGAAAGCAUGCUUGGUGGAGCUCGACGAGAAGGCCGUGGCGAUCGAGAAUCUGCAAAGGAUCCUCGAGUUCUACCCGAACGCCGAGGAGGUCCCACUGCUGAAGGAAUUCCAGCAGGAGAGAACGACCCGGCAGUCUUGCCGUGGGGCCGCGGAGAGGAGUUCAUGA